AAACGUUUCUUUUUUUUUUUUUCUUUCGUUUCCUUUAUCAUAAUUUGAAACCAAAAAAUAUUUAUGUCACUUUCCUUUUAGAAAGAAGAUGAUUAGCAUUAACCACAACCGUCAAGAAAUAUGACUAAGGAUGUUUUCCCCAAUGACGAUGAACAAGUACUAAGAAUAUUUAUUGUUAGACAUGGUCAAACUGAUCAUAACUUAAAGAAGAUCUUACAAGGACAUUUAGAUAUUGAUAUCAAUCAAACAGGCGAAGAACAAGCUGAAAAAGUUGGAGAGUUGUUUUCUGAAUUUGAUAUUGAUGAAAUGGUCUCAUCAGAUUUGAUAAGGUGUCGUAAUACUAUUUCAAAAAUCAUCAAAUAUCAAUCAGUUCGUGAUCCUACUGCACCUUUAAAAGUUACUCCGAAUCUUAGAGAGAGAAAUAUGGGUAUAGUUCAAGGUAUGCACAUUUCCGAAGCUUUAUCUAAAUAUGGACAUGAUUUUAAAAACUUGGGAGAAACUAAAGAUGAAUUGAUUACCAGAGUUGAAAAUGAAUGGAAUAAUAUCAUUUCAAGAAAUGAAAAUCAUAAAAAUGUGAUAAUAUGUACUCAUGGUGGUGUUAUCACUGGAUUUGUAAAUCAUUUAUAUUCUUAUAGAAAUUACAAAUUGAAUGUAAAUUUACAUCCUCAUGAUUUAAAAGUACCCUUUAACACAUCAGUUUCAACUAUUGAUAUUAAUAAGACUAAUGGUGAAGGUAUCAUUCAAACAUUUGGAAAUACAAAUCAUUUAGGUGGACAAUUUGAAGUUAAAGAUCAAUUAUUAAGAUAGAGACGUUAUAGAUAUUUAGAUUAUACAUAUGAAAUAUAAAUGAUUUAAAAUUAUUAUGAAUUUAUUAAUUAGUUUAUAAAAGAGUAAUGUA